CCAGACUGUGUCGUCUAUGGCAUCAGGUGAAAUUAAUGUUCGUAAAACCGCAAAACAUUUUUGUAUGCGGUGUUGAACUGGAGGUGCUCCUAGUUUUUAGUUAUCCACUUAUUCUCAUGGAACUUCCAAAGGCCGUGUACCUCCUCAUUGGUGCAGAAUUUUGUGAAAGAUUUUCCUUUUGUGGCAUAAGAACAAUAUUGUCGCUGUAUCUGAGGAAUAACUUACUAUUUGAUGAAAAUACUUCCACAGUUAUAUAUCAUGUAUUCAUAAUGCUAUGCUACGUAGUUCCAUUGGUUGGAGCCAUUUUAGCAGACAGUUUCUUGGGAAGAUACAAAACAAUCUUGUAUUUUUCUCUCAUAUACACUGCUGGAAACAUCUUACUGUGUCUUGCUGCCAUUCCUCCAAUUUAUCUUCCUCCAGUAUCAUGUUCAUUGAUUGGACUGUUACUUGUAGCUGUUGGAUCAGGUGGAAUAAAGCCUUGUGUUGCAGCGUUUGGAGGAGACCAGUUCCACUUGCCAGAGGAAGAAGAACUGCUUGACAAAUUUUUUUCCUAUUUCUACUUCAGCAUUAAUUUUGGUGGAUUCAUUGGAAUGAUAUUUACACCCAUUUUACGCAAAUCAUUUAUGUGCUUUGGAGAUGAUCAGUGCUAUGCAGUUGGAUUUGGGUUCCCAGCUCUACUUGUCAUAUUGUCAUUGUAUCUGUAUGUUUUUGGUAAGGAUCUAUUCAGAAUCAGAUUUCCAAAGGAAAACAUUAUACUGAAGUUUAUAUGCUGUACGUAUUAUGCUGUUAAAAGAAGACUGGAAUCUAAAGUCCUUUACACUGAUCACUGGCUGGAUGCAGCUAUUGAAAAAUACAGUGAGAAGUUAAUAGAUGAUAUGAAAAUUGUGUUCGGAAUUUUUUUUCUGUUUAUUCCAGUUCCAUUAUUUUGGAGCUUAUUUGAUCAACAGGGUUCACGGUGGACAUUUCAAGCUUCACGUAUGCGUGGGGAUUUUCUGGGAAUGCAGCUGAUACCCGAUCAGAUGCAGGUCCUAAAUCCUGCGAUUGUUCUAGUACUAAUUCCCUUGUUUGACAGAUCAAUUUAUCCUGUAAUUGGAUAUAACAACACAGUGUCAUCACUUUUGACGAAAAUGUUUGCUGGUGGCAUCAUUGCAAGUUUUGCUUUCAUCACUUCUGGAGCGAUAGAGAUUAAACUAGAGGAAUCAUACCCAGUCCUUCCUGAAAAAGACAGUACUCAUUUGAAUUUCAUCAAUACCGUGCCAUGUAGAAUUGAAAUUGUUAAUCCUUUCAAUGGUUUACAAAUAGUUAAUGGAUCUUCAAACUUUGUGUUUAAGAAUGUGAACAUAAAAAAUAUAACUGCUUAUGACUUCAUGGUUUUUGCUCCAUCUGACUGUAGUCACUUGUUGAUUACUGAACAACAGCUAUACAUUAAUGUGUUAACCUCUGAACAACAGGUAGAGGAGAUAAUUAUAUGUGCAGUAAAUUCUCAGCUAAUGGCCUACGUUACACAGUUUGAAGAUCUGAACAAAACUCUGAGUGGAAAAUCUAAAAUUAGGUACAGUUCAGAAUAUAUGGAUCUUCAGUAUCGUAUGAUAAAAGGUUGGCUUGAUUUUACCAUCACUACAUAUGGGGUCAGCCCAUGGGUGAUUAUUGUCAUUAUUAAAACAAAAAGGCAAAUGUGUUUGGAGGCUUUUCAGAACAUUAAGGAGACUUUAGUGGACGCACCCAUAUUAAAAUACUCUCUGAUGAACAAAGUAUUUAAAAUACCAACAGAUGCUUCUGAAUAUGGUGCAGCUUGUGAACUAAUCACCUACAUAAGAGGCAGCAAUGUGCCUCCAAAUUCAGCAGUUGUAUUCAAAGGAGGCACUGGCAUUCAGGAUCUUAAUUUCACUCAAGGAGAGACGUUUAGUACUACAGAAUUUACAGAGCUUGAAGCAGGAAAGUACACAUACUGCUUGAGUGUUGAUAACAGCAUGAGUUCAGCCACCUGUUCAGAAGUGCUUCUGCAUCCAGGAGGAGUUUACAUUUUAAUUCUUCAGCAAGAAGGCUAUAGUUUUGUGUUUUCGAAACUGUUUGUUAUAACACUACCAAACACUCUUUCAAUGUUGUGGUUGAUUCCACAGUACAUCUUAAUUUCUAUUGCAGAAGUAUUGUUUGCAAUUCCAGGCUUAGAGUUCUCCUUCUUACAGGCUCCUAAAAGCUUGAGAACAAUAACGAUAGCUGCAUGGUACUUGUGUGUUGCAAUUGGAAAUUUGAUUGUAAUUCUUAUUACUCAAGCAAGAUUCUUCAGAAGCCAGGCAGUUGAGUUCUUUUUAUUUGCUGGGCUUCUUCUGGGAGACAUGGUAGUAUUUUUCUUUAUUGCACGGAGCUACAAAUCUGUAUUGCUUGAAGGAGAUGGUUCCAGUACUAUGAUUGAUGAUCCCCUUUUCGUUAGAGCGUCUGAAGAAUUAGUGAAGUGA